AUCGGCACAUCAUUCGAGCUGAAAUGCAGUGGCGCACUUCUCAAGACGAUACGAGGUGCUGAAAUCCGCACAUCAUUCGAGGUGAAGUGCCGCGGCGCAAUUCUCAAGAGGAGACGAGGUGCUGAAAUCCGCACAUCAUUCGAGGUGAAGUGCCGUGGCGCACUUCUCAAGAGGAGACGAAGUGCUGAAAUCCACACAUCAAUCGAGGUGAAGCGCCGUGGCGCACUUUUCAAGAGGAGACGAGGUGCUGACAUCCGCACAUCAUUCGAGGUGAAGUUCCGUGGUGCGCUUCUGAAGUGGACUGGAGGUGCAGAAAUCCUCCCAUCAUUCGGGUUGAUGUGUUGUGGUGCGCCUCUCAACUGGACGGCAUGUGCUAAAAUUCGCACACUAUUCGAGAUAAAGUUGAUUUGUUGUGGUGUGCCUCUCAAAUGGAAUGGAGGUGCUAAAAUCCGUACAUCAUUCGGGAUGAUGUGCCGUGGCGCGCUUGUCAUGUGGACUGGAGGUACUGAAAUCCGACCAUCAUUCGAGGUGAUGUGCUAUGGUGCGCCUCUCAAAUGGACACCAUGUGCUAAAGUUCGCACACUAUUCGAGGCGAAGUGA